AUGGAUGUUAUGGAUAACAAGAACAAAUUAUUGAAUUUGAAAAAACUGAUAAAAGUAGAGCCGAACUCUGGCCAGACCCAGAGACUGCAAUCUUUGAGACUACCACGAGAUUUGAGUCUUGGGGGUACGAAAAUACAGAAGAAACAGUUUGUACCAAAUGUGAACGUCGCUCGAAAUAAGCAAAAUAUUAAGGAGAUUGUCAAGAAAAAUGGUUUUGAAAAAAAGGGGAGAAAUAACUGGGAAGAUAAUAAAAAUGGAAAUAGAAAUAAAAGCCGUGGUAAAUAUGUGGAGUCCUCAGGUAUAUUUUCAGAAGGAGCUGGGAGCAUUACUCCACAUCAUGUCAGUUAUAAAUCAGAUAGGUCUGGUGAAAAAGAAAAUGAUGGUGCUGUAGCUGCCAUGGUCAUACCAACUAUUCAAAGAAAUACUUUUGAGAUUGAUAAAGAAACUGAAGAUAAUGUUUUGAACCAGCUAGUGGGCUAUUAUAAUGAAGAAGAAGAUGAUGAAAAGUAUCCAUUUCAGCCAAUAACCUGGCAAAAUAGCUUUUCUAAAGAAAUUAAACAUGAACUCAAUGCUAUCAAAAUUGAGAAAGAUGAUGUGGAAUCCAAAAAUACACAAGGAUUUAUACAACCGAAGUUGGAACCUUUAGAUUAUACUAGCUCAAAUUAUGCUGAAGGGGAAUAUUUUGAAGAAGAUAGUCUUAAUAAUGACAAACCUUCAUUAUCUUUAUGGAGUCUUCCAGAUUCUUUUGCUGGAAAAGGACUUAGUGAUGAUCCAAAUUGUACAAAGCUAUUUGAUUAUUGCUUGAAUGAUAUGCUAGAAGGCAAAAUAGGAAAACUGGUGAUCAGAAAAUCUGGGAAAAUAGAAGUACAUAUAGGACAAGUCAAGUACAAUUUAGAACCUGGUGAUAUUGAUGCCUAUGAAGAGAAAAUUGUUUCUAUGGAGACUGAAAAACUUCAACAUGCUGCAGUUUUAGGGCAAAUUAGAAAUAGGUACUUUCUACAUCCUGAUUGGGACAGCUUGUUCCUAUAG